AUGUUUUAUUUGAGGAAUAAUUUGAUUAGUUUAUAUCGAUUCACAACUUAGCCUAAGAUGUACAAUUGAUAUUCAAUUUUAGAGCAUUUAUUUCUUAAGAGCAAUUCUUAGGAGAAAUAGGUUAUCUAUUACACAAAAUUGAAUAAUCAUUUAAUAAACUUAGAGAAUAUGAAAAUAGAAUUGAAAUUAAAUCAGAUGCUCUUGCUCUAUGUGUAGCUGUUAAAGAUUUAGGAGAAUAUAAUUUUACAACUAAUGUAAAAGAAAGGAGAUUAUAUCUAUAAACACCAUUUAAUUUAUUCUAAUAUUAUUAUGAUGAACAAGCAGAUUAAUGGAAAAAUGUUAAAGAUCAGCACAAUAUGAUUGAAAAUUUGACUAGAGAGACAGGCAAGUAUUUAAAAGGAUACUUGGAAUUUUGA